CCAACAAUCAAAUCACCAAAACAUCAAAAUACCAAUAAUACCAACAAAACACUGACAUUCACCGCCUCAGUCUUGCACGCAUAUCUUGGGACUGUUGGACACUCUGGUAAGCCUUAGUCUUGCACGCAUAUCUUGGGACGUUGGACACUCUGAUACCGGAUGUGACUGUUCUGCGGUGGACAGUAGACCAUGCUGUCUAGCCGAAACUUUUACCCUCCAGGCCCACAGCUGUCCCAUCCCAUACGACAACUGCAAGCUCAUACUACCUGACAAUUCACAAUGCCACGGCCAGUAGCAGCUGCUGCGGCUCCUGCCAGCGACGUAACUGUUGCCAACGGGGGUCAACCAGACGCUGGUGGAUUCAAACUGAAGUUCUGCACUGUUUGUGCCAGUAACAACAACAGAUCGAUGGAAGCACACCUGCGACUCGCGGCAGCCAACUUCCCUGUCAUCUCAUUUGGCACGGGUUCCCUGGUGCGUCUGCCGGGAGCUUCAAUGAACACCCCCAACGUAUACCACUUCAACAAGACCUCGUACGAUAGCAUGUACAAGGAGCUUGAUGCGAAGGAUCCGCGCUUGUACCGGGCAAAUGGGAUAUUGAACAUGCUUGACCGGAAUCGCAACGUGAAAUGGGGCCCAGAGCGAUGGCAGGACUGGCAGGUUGGGAUGCCUAGACUAGAUCAUGCGAAGGAGAGAGGGUUUGAGGGGACGGAGGGGGGAGUUGCUGAUAUCGUGAUCACUUGUGAAGAGAGAUGCUGGGACGCCGUAGUUGACGAUCUCCUCAGCCGGGGCUCGCCCUUGAACCGCCCCGUCCACGUCAUCAACGUGGAUAUCAAGGAUAACCAUGAAGAGGCCUUGGUGGGUGGACGCGGCAUCUUGGAUCUCGCCGAGUCGCUGAACAAGGCAGCUGCAGAGGAGCGUGAUAUCCGCGGAGCCUCGUCAUUUGACCGAGGCAGUACUGCGGGUAGGUCGGGCUUCGACGAGAGGGUCCCGGACAUUAUCGGUGAAUGGCAGGAGCGAUGGCCAAACCUACCUGCGACAUGGACACUGGCCUGGUUUUAAGAUGGGGUGGCCUAUGCUUUUAUGCUGUCGGUGUGUGCGCGAGGAUAUACCAAGUCGGCUUGGACGAAAUGAAGAAGAAAUGAAGUGCAUUGUAUAAUUUGAUGAGUCUCGCAACACAAGUGGAACCGUCCAUCCAUCUGUCAUCCAUCUGUCAUCCAUCUGUCAUCCAUCUGUCUCCAUCCGUCUCCAUCCGUCAUCCAUCCAUCAUCCAUCCAUC